GGAAGUGAAAGCUCAAAACACAAACCCUGCAGCCCAGAAACACAAGUCACUGCUGGCAGACAGAGAGGAACCUGCCGAGAAGCUUGUGCCUCGCAGGCCGCCGUGAUGGGGCAGCUGUUCUCGUCCUCGUCGGAGGAGGAGCUCGCUCAGGUGAGGCAGGCGCUCGGCUCGCUCCUCUACGACGCCAUGCUGGAAGGAGGAGCCGUGCCUGACCUCCGGGUCGAACACCCACUUCUCCUCACCGGCCACGAGGACGGCCCGGCCCCCCAGGACCGCCUCCGGGAGCAGCUGCAGCAGCUGCAGAGCGACAUGGGGAACAAGGCGCCCACCUACCUCCGCGACCUGAUCGGCCGCCUGUCGGCCUUCUCGGAGGAGCCGCGGCUGGCGGGCCUGGUGGGCCUGGCGGUCACCAUGGUGAUGGACAUGGCCUACAUGUCGUCCAGACAGUCGUCGGGGGCGAAGGGGAAGGCGGCGGGGUCGUCGUCGUGUCAGCAGAGAGUGGUGGAGCUGCAGGAGGUGAUGGAGGAGUAUCUGAAGCGCUGCAGGAUCAGCCUGAGCGAUAAAAGCCGGCUGAUCCAGGACUCGGUCAGACUGGAGGCCCAGCUCAGCCUGACGCUCACCCAGCUCCGGACCUGCCUGCUGGGAGGAGACUGCAGCUCCAGGUCUUUGAGAUACUGGGCCAGCGCAGCAGCAUUUCACACACAGAUGUUGAUUCAUCUGGCGAGAAUGGAGGGAAAAGCCGAGCCUGCGUGUGCACGAGCCGCACUGGAGCAAUACAGGGAGGACCUCUCACAGAUCAUACCUGUUUACAGACGUUACAAGCAGCACACGGUGAGUGUGGUGAAGCGUCGAGGAGGCCCGCUGCAGCCGUCCCCCGAGCCGCCAGAGGAGGGCGCUAUGACCGGCCUGACGGUGACGGACAGAGAGACGGGAAAGAGUGUGAGCCUCUCUUUAUCAGACAUGGAGGCAGAAGCAGGGAGAAGAAUUGGACAUCUUGACCCCUCCUUGACCUCCUCCCUCAACCUGGACUCCAUCACCUCGGAGCAGUACGCCCAGGCCUACCUGGACCACCUCUUCUCCGGUAAAGGCCCCGUGGAGGAGCUGCAGGGCUUCUUCUCUCAGGCCGCCGAGAACCUGAGGACGCUGAGGAUCCAGACUGUGGCGUGUAAAGACAAGGCGCACGGCGAGGGAGCGCCUCCGAGAGAGGAGCGGACCGAGCAGAGGGCGGGACGAGAAGAGACGGAGAAGCUGAGCAUCGUGGAGACGCAGCCGGAGCAAAACCUCAGCAACAGUGCAGCAAGUGCUUAAAAUACCAUUUACAGUAUCCGUCCUCUGUCUUCUGCUUGGAAUUUAUUUAAACCGCCUCAAGCUUUUUGCCAUUUCCCAAUAAAGAUGUGUAUUUUUGUGUCA